AGAGAAAGUUUCCGGUCGACACCCGGUUUGACCUGAUUUCCAUAUGUUAUCAUCUUGUGUACGCCUGGUCCCCACCACAGUCCAACUUGCAGAUUCCCCGAUCUGCACUUUUUCCCGUUCCUUCAUGGAUUUGAAGGCUCUCCUUUCCUCCUUGAAUGACUUUGCAUCCCUCUCAUUUGCUGAGAGUUGGGACAAUGUUGGAUUACUGGUGGAACCAAGCCCACCACAUACUGUAAAAACACUCUUCCUAACUAAUGACUUGACUGAGGAAGUGAUGAACGAGGCGCUGCAAAAGAAGGCGGACCUCAUUCUCUCCUACCACCCACCUAUUUUCCGACCCAUGAAGCGCAUAACCUGGAAAACCUGGAAGGAGCGCCUGGUGAUCCAAGCUCUAGAGAACAGAGUUGGUAUCUACUCUCCCCACACAGCCUAUGACGCUGCCCCCCAAGGAGUCAACAACUGGUUGGCUAAAGGGCUUGGCGCUUGUACCUCCAAGCCCAUACAUCCUUCCACAGCACUCAGCUACCCUACAGAGGGAACCCACCGAGUAGAAUUCAAUGUUAACCAUACCCAAGACCUGGACAAAGUCAUGUCUGCAAUGAAAGGAAUCGUAGAUGUUCCUGUCACUUCUUUUUCUGCUAGGAUUGAUGAUGAAGACCAAACACGGAUCAGUGUAAAUUGUACUCAGAAGACUUUGAUGCAGGUGGUGGAUUUUCUCUCCCAGAACAAACAGCUUUAUCAGAAGACUGAAAUUCUGUCACUGGAGAAGCCUUUGCUUCUACAUACUGGAAUGGGACGAUUAUGCACACUGGAUGAAUCUGUCUCCUUGGCAACCCUUAUUGAACGAAUCAAAAGACACCUGAAACUAUCUCAUAUUCGCUUAGCUCUUGGAGUAGGGAAGACCUUAGAGUCCCAAGUCAAAGUCGUGGCCCUGUGUGCUGGUUCUGGGAGCAGCGUUCUGCAGGGUGUAGAGGCUGACCUCUACCUUACAGGUGAGAUGUCCCAUCAUGACGUUCUGGAUGCUGCUUCCCAAGGAAUAAAUGUCAUCCUUUGUGAACAUAGCAACACAGAACGAGGCUUUCUUUCUGACCUUCGGGAUAUGCUGGGUACUCACUUGGAGAAUAAGAUUAAUAUUAUCCUGUCAGAGACAGACAGGGACCCUCUCCAUGUGGUAUAAUAUAUAUAUGAACAUCAGGAUAACAAAAUCUAUGAACAAAUUAGAUCCCAGCUCAAAUUCAUAAUAUGAGUCAGCAGAGUUCCUGUCCUUCCUAAAGAGUGUCUUAGAAUGUAUUAUCAUUUCCAGUUUGUUAAUCUUGUUCACCAGACGUUUUGUAGAUCAUAAGGUUAAAACUGUAAUAUAGCUACUAUAUUAAAGAACAAACACUCAUUAUAUGCUCUAGGAAAGAUGGAUGAAAAUCUGCUUACUUAUUCU